CAAACAUACAGAUUAAUCACUGGCUUCUUCUGCUUCUUUAUAGAAUCGUUUAUAUCAUUCAAAGCAAUCAUGAAUUAGGCAAAAAUAACUGAUAGAUUUAAAAGAUCUAAGGUUUGUGUCUACGUGUGCAUGCAAAACAAUUAGAGAAAAGAAAAAAAACAUUUUCCAACAUGAAGCUAUGCUACUGAAGCUAAUUAUUAUUCGUAAAAGGUAUUCAUGCCAAAAUUGUUUAAAAUAAAAAGCUAUAAAAAUUGUCUAAUAUAUGUCACCAACUGAUUAGUAUUAUUCUAAUAUUAUCUAAAUUAUCACAAAAUGAGUGAACGAAAAGCUGUCAUUAAAAAUGCUGAUAUGAGUACUGAAAUGCAAGAAGAUGCUGUACAUGUAGCUGCUAGUGCUUUAGAUAAAUAUGAUGUGGAAAAAGAUAUAGCUGCUUAUAUCAAGAAAGAUUUUGAUCGUAGGCAUCAUACUACAUGGCAUUGUAUAGUUGGACGACAUUUUGGAAGCUAUGUAACACAUGAGACCAAUAAUUUCAUAUACUUCUACUUGGAUGAUCGUGCCUUCUUACUCUACAAAUCCGGAUGAAAAGAUUAAAUACUAUGAAGUCAUUCAAACAAAGAGUUAUGAAUCCACCAAACUGUUUGUUAAUGUUUUUAUUUCAACGCAUUGAUGCAUUCAUUAUCAGUGUAUGAGUGAAAUAAAUCUGAUAGGUUUUAAAUGAAACAUUGAUAUUUUCCUAUUUUUUAAUUGUUUAUUUUACUUCAUUUUAUCACUGAGGUUGUAAUUUGUGAUUUAUACAAUCAUAUGUUACACAGUUUUAGUGAACAUUAUUUUUUUAAUGAACAAUUAUUUCACUUAGUUGAAUGAGGCAUCGGUAAAACGAAUACCCCUGGUUAUGAAAAGUAUCUAAAUAAAACCAACAACAUAGAAUUCGAAUAAGGAGAGAAUGUUUUCUGACUUACACUAGAACGGACGAUUAAGAACUUCACAUCAAAAAUAACAAACUGAUAGGAUAUCAUAAAGUUUUGCGUAAAUGUAAAUAUUACUGUAUAACAAUGUCAGACUUUACCUGAAUAAGUUUUGCCCAUAAUGCAGUUAUACUUUACCACACUGCACAAGUUCUAUUCUUAUACAAAUGUAAAGGAAAUCACAUUUUC